GAAUAGUGUAUGUUUAGAAGAAGUUACUCAUGAAGAAGCAGUGACUGCGUUAAAGAAUACAUCUGAUUUUGUUUAUUUGAAAGUGGCAAAACCCACAAGUAUGUAUAUGAACGAUGGCUACGCACCACCUGAUAUCACCAACUCUUCUUCUCAACCUGCUGAUAACCAUGUUAGCCCAUCUUCCUACUUGGGUCAGACACCAGCAUCACCAGCCAGAUACUCACCAGUUUCUAAAGCAGUGCUUGGAGAUGAUGAAAUUACAAGGGAACCUAGAAAAGUUGUUCUUCAUCGUGGCUCAACAGGCCUUGGUUUCAACAUUGUAGGAGGUGAAGAUGGAGAAGGAAUAUUUAUUUCCUUUAUCUUGGCUGGAGGACCUGCUGAUCUAAGUGGAGAGCUCAGAAAGGGAGAUCGCAUUAUAUCGGUAAACAGUGUUGACCUCAGAGCUGCCAGUCAUGAGCAGGCAGCAGCCGCAUUGAAAAAUGCUGGCCAGGCUGUCACAAUUGUUGCACAAUAUCGACCUGAAGAAUACAGUCGUUUUGAAGCUAAAAUACAUGAUUUACGGGAGCAGAUGAUGAAUAGUAGUAUUAGUUCAGGGUCAGGUUCUCUUCGAACUAGCCAGAAGCGAUCCCUCUAUGUCAGAGCCCUUUUUGAUUAUGACAAGACUAAAGACAGUGGCCUUCCCAGUCAGGGUUUGAACUUCAAAUUUGGAGAUAUUCUUCAUGUCAUUAAUGCUUCUGAUGAUGAAUGGUGGCAGGCCAGGCAGGUUACACCAGAUGGUGAGAGCGAUGAAGUUGGAGUGAUCCCCAGUAAACGCAGGGUUGAGAAGAAAGAACGAGCCCGGUUAAAAACAGUUAAAUUCAAUUCUAAAACAAGAGAUAAAGGGCAGUCAUUCAAUGACAAGCGUAAAAAGAACCUCUUUUCCCGAAAAUUCCCCUUCUACAAGAACAAGGACCAGAGUGAGCAGGAAACAAGUGAUGCUGAUCAGCAUGUAACUUCUAAUGCCAGCGAUAGUGAAAGUAGUUACCUAAUCUUGAUUACAGAUGAGUAUGGCUACUCAAAAGGUGGUCAAGAAGAAUAUGUCUUGUCUUAUGAACCAGUGAAUCAACAAGAAGUUAAUUACACUCGACCAGUGAUCAUAUUGGGACCUAUGAAAGACAGAAUAAAUGAUGACUUGAUCUCAGAAUUUCCUGAUAAAUUUGGAUCCUGUGUUCCUCAUACAACUAGACCAAAACGAGAUUAUGAAGUAGACGGGAGAGAUUAUCAUUUUGUGACUUCAAGAGAGCAAAUGGAAAAAGAUAUCCAGGAACAUAAAUUUAUUGAGGCUGGCCAAUAUAACAAUCAUCUAUAUGGAACAAGUGUUCAGUCUGUGCGAGAAGUAGCAGAAAAGGGCAAACACUGUAUCCUUGAUGUGUCUGGAAAUGCCAUAAAGAGAUUACAGAUUGCGCAACUUUAUCCAAUCUCCAUUUUUAUUAAACCUAAAUCCAUGGAAAAUAUCAUGGAAAUGAAUAAGCGUCUAACAGAAGAACAAGCCAGAAAAACAUUUGAGAGAGCCAUGAAAUUGGAACAAGAGUUUACUGAACAUUUCACAGCUAUUGUACAGGGAGAUACACUGGAAGACAUUUACAACCAAGUCAAGCAGAUCAUAGAAGAACAGUCUGGUCCUUACAUCUGGGUUCCAGCAAAAGAAAAGUUAUGAAAACUGAUGUUUCUGUAUUUCUCUUUUCCACAAUCCCAUUUUCUUUGACACUCUUUGCCCUUUCCUUCUAGAGUCUGUCUUUAACCCUUCCUUCAUGUUGAGUCAUAUCCCACACAUCAUGGACAGCAGUUUUGCUUACUUUUGACAUGUGUCUCCUUCAAAUUGUAUCAUGUUUUAUCAUGUCACUAUUGGUUUGUGGCCAUCUUUCAGAACUGAAGAUGGAAUGGCCUGAUCAGCUAUUAAGGGUUUGAGGAGAAGCAGAAAUUGUGGUAAAAUUCCUUAAUGUUUAAGGGAAAGUAACUUUAAGAGAUUUUCAGAAAAGCUUUAUAUAUAUUCUUUUCAGAUUUCAAUACAAAUGAAAAAGUGGUUUUAAUCAGUGAUUUAGUAGACUUUGAGCAACUAUGCACGCUUAACUUUAAUAGCAUGGUUCGGCCAAUGUAUUAGCUCUCACGUCCUUUUCUCAAUUGAUUUCUGUUAUCAGUGCAAUUAUUUCAUGAUAAACAAAUAAGGAAAAUAUGUUUUUUAAUUUCAAAAUUAAUGUCUCACUUAACUUUCAUAAUUUCACAAGGGAUAUUCAUUUUUCAUAAGCAUUCUUCUUAGUCUUUCAUUGUUCAAAGGUUUUUUUUUCCCAGUGUAUUUGCUAGGAAUUACGAUGUGCAAAUGUUUUUAAUCUACUUGAGCAACACUAUUUAUAGUGUCUACACACGUAAUGAUCAUCACAUUUUCUGAGUUGAGGCCAUGUUUAGGUGCUAAGGGAGCUUGUCUUUUACACAGGAGAUUGAGAAAACGUCAUAGUCAUAAAUACAGACAAAACAGACAUUACAAUGGUGAUGUAGUAAUCAUUAAAACAUUGGAAAAGGAAUCCAAUUCGUAGCCUAAAACUUUAAAUGUAUUCUUAGAGGUCAGAUUUUAAUGAAUAUUUUACCCACAAUAACUGCCUAUUUUGUUAUAAUAAAAUAUAUAUAUAUAAAUAUAUAUAAAACUUUCUUUAACUAAACUCUGUAACUAUGGGAAUUAUUUUCUUUACAUAGUUGCGCACACACAUAUAUAUAUUUAAAAUAUAUUUUUUCUUUUGCCACCUACUCCUAACUUUUUGUUUGGUUUUUAAAUUAAAUAUUAAUUGAAUAUACUUAUCUUCCUUAAUCAUAUAAAUUGAAAAUGGGGGUAUGGUGGUUAUGAGGAGAAACCUUUAGGAAAAUUAGAUAUUAUAAGUAAAAAUAUGGGCAUAUUCUCCUCUUUUCUACAGAAUAUUCAAAUGGUUCCUGGUUGUUUGUUUUUGUCGUUGUUGUCAUUCAUUUUGAUUUUGGUCUUCUGCCUUUCCUUCUAGUUCUCCUUUUAUUAAUAGGAAACAGGCAGAACCUCAUUUACGUGUGUGUUUUCCCCUCAAUACUUUUCAUCCACUGCUCUGCACUAGAGUUGCACAGGGCUUCAUGAUGAGCAAUUUUAAGAAAUUUUAGUGAAAGAUAGAAAUGACUUCAGAAAUCAGUUCCUCUGGUCCUUUAUAUUAAUAAUAUCAUUUGACUUCCCAUUGCUCUUUGGAGUUGUUUAUUAAAUGUGUGUUUUUGACAACCUCCUCAUCACAGUUUCUUAAGGAAAUAAGUACUGGUUUGUAAGAAUUAUCAACAUUAUCCAUUCCAUUUAUGAAGAAGAGGAGAACAGCUAAUAAAUGUUAUUGUAAAAUCCACAUGUUAAAUGUGUCUUGAGUUUUGAAAGAACAAGUUAUUUUACCAGCUAACAUUGUCUUGGAACAAUUUAAGGCAUCGUGUAAUUUAUAAACUGAUUCAAGAGCUAUUAGGCAACCUAAUCAAGAUUUAUCUGUGUUUUGGAACUAUGUUAUUUAGCACAUUGAAACAUACAUACUGCAGCUAUUACACUAAAUACAGUAGAUUGCCAAACAUAAAAAUAAUAAAAGAAAACUGUAAAAUCUCAAGAUCUUCAGAAAUCACCUUACAGUAGGACCCCCAGCAUAAGCCCUUUUUAAAGCAUUUACUAGUGACAUGUUGUAAAAUAUCAAGAAGUUAUAAAAGAAUGUCAUUUAUGUGUUAAAAUCAAUAUACCUUGCUUUCUGGGUGUCUUAAGUGAUUUCUUUUUGUAAGAAAACACUAACCUGUGUUCAGCUUUCUAGAUUAUAUAGGAUUGUUAAUAAUGAAAUUACUAAUUGUUGAGUGCUGCACAAUAGCCACUUUAGUAUAUUGCCACUUUUUUUUCCUUAAAGAAGAAGGUGGUGGUAACUAGCUUCACUAUAAGGCUUAAAUGGAACCACUUAACUGUGGUUAGCUAGUAAGUAGCUGUGCUUGGUAUUUGUAUCCAAGUCUCUCACUGCAAGUCUAUGUUCUUUACCAAUAUACUAUACUGUCUCAUUUGUCAGCCCCUACUGUGUAAAUCACUGUAACUUACAUUGUUAUUUUGAUAACAAUUUACAAAUAAGGAAUGAAACUUAAAUGAAGGUUCUUGCCCUAGAGUCACACAAUUGGUAAAGGCUGACCCACACAUUCUCGUCACAGCUGAAAAGACUAUUUCUAGGAAACAAGUCAGUCUAGCCCUGUUACAGUGACAUACAAAGAAAGAACCUCUAUAAAAACAAAGUUAAAACCAUAUUCAUUAGGAGGAAAGUACACUAUUCUAACAUACAGGAAGUAAUAAACAGUUUUAGGUGUUUAAUGAAGUAAUGUCACAUUUUUUGAUAUGCCUUUUAAUAGCCUUAAGUUGGCCAAAAGAAACAUGCAUCUUAAAUGUGGCUGCACAUGCUUGAUUGCUUUCCUGUUCUUGACUAUGUAGGGCUCAUUAAUCGGUGAUGGAAGCAAGCUUUCUACAGCUCAUUCGAGCAAAAUACACUGUGGCUAGCAGAUGCUUGCUAAACACCACAUAAUGUUUAAACUCCAAAGAUGGCAAUUCAGGGACUUUGAUAAUGAGAAGAAUUUAUUUUCUAAAGUAUUUCAGUAGUUACCUUCCAAGAUUCUCUGCCUUGAAUACUUUUAACUUUCCUGUGGUGAAAUAGAAGUCCAGAGAUUCCAUGCCUUUACCAGUUACACUGCAAGUCAGGAACAGAGCCAAGAUUAGAACCUUUAACUCCUGACUCCUAGAAAAUGAUUUUCCUACCAUACUGAUUCCUUUUUCUUCAUGCUAUGUGCUGAAUUGAGUUAUUCAGUCUCUGGAGGAUUGAUUUACUGGUUAAAAGAAAGUAUCAGUAGGCUUAUGUUAUUUCACUGAGGAAUUUGCAUUUUGAAUAAUAUGGUGGAAAAUAUGGUUGUCACUUUUCUGACCCAAGUGUAAGUUCAUCUGUGUUUUAGUCCAGUGUUAAAGAUUUUGCUUCUCUCCCUCCAGAGUUGCACAGUACAUCUCUCAGUGACUUUGGCAGCAGUGUACUCUCAUGGUGAAGAAUGUGGGCUGCAGAAUCAGAGCUGGAUUUGAAAGCCACUCUGCCACUUACUGGUUAUGUAACUAACCUUGAGCAAGCCACGUCAUCCCUCUUAGUUUACUUAUCUGUAAAAUUGAGAUAGCUUGAGAAUAAGAUUACAAAUAAAAAAUUACUCAAACUAA